AUGUGGAAUUCGUUAAAUGCAAGCGGAGUUCUUCAUGCUGAAUUGCGACAUUACUUGAAACGAUCAGAUGAGGCAUUAGAUCGUCUUUACCUCCCCUCUGCCAUUGUUUCAAGAAUGAUCACUAAUUCGGUUAGAGACUACAGUGAGGAUGAGUGUUCUAAUAGUUCAAACGUUGCCUACUUUGUCAAUAAAUGGAUUGACUACUACUACUACUGA